UUUCUCGUCCCUUCCCCGGGCCCUGCCGUGAUUUCCAUUAAUAGCCAGCUGAGCUGCCCAGCUAAAAAUAACCACCGGGCCCCUUCAUAAGCGCCGCCGGCCGCCCCGCAGCAGCUCCGCGCACCAUGGCCGAGCGCCGCGUCCCCUUCACCUUCCUGCGCAGCCCCAGCUGGGACCCCUUCCGCGACUGGUACCAUGGCAGCCGCCUCUUCGACCAGUCCUUCGGGAUGCCCCACAUCCCAGAGGAUUGGUACAAGUGGCCCAGCGGUAGCGCUUGGCCGGGAUAUUUCCGCCUCCUCCCUCGGGAAAGUGCACUGAUGCCGUACGGGCAGGCGCUGAGCCGCCAGCUCAGCAGCGGCAUCUCCGAGAUCCGCCAGACCGCCGACAGCUGGAAGGUCACCUUGGACGUCAACCACUUUGCACCCGAAGAGCUAGUGGUCAAAACCAAGGACAACAUCGUGGAGAUAACGGGCAAACACGAGGAGAAGCAGGAUGAGCACGGCUUCAUCUCCAGGUGCUUCACCCGAAAAUACACCCUCCCUCCCGGCGUUGAAGCCACGGCCGUGCGCUCCUCACUCUCUCCGGAUGGGAUGCUGACGGUGGAGGCACCUCUGCCCAAGCCGGCCAUCCAGUCCGCCGAGAUCACCAUCCCCGUCACCGUCGAGAGCCAAGCCAAGAAGUAGGCGGCAGUGAGGAGGAGGAGAAGCCACCGUCGCCCCUCAUCCUGCACCCUACCCGCUCACAGACCCUUUUUAUUGUUUAUUUUGUACUCGCCCACUCACCGAGUGCCUUCAAUAAAUGAACCGGCAGAAACAGCCAGAAUAAAGAGUGGUGAAAGAAA